GUGAUUCAUUGGCCAUUCCCUCGAUUUUUAACUUUCUUAAAAUAUCUGCGGCCCGUCAAUGACAUGCAACCUUUAAUUUUGGCCCGCAAACGACAAAAGUUCGCCGACCUCUGAUUUACACCAUUCCGGUAUUUUGUUGGAAUAGACAAAGGGGGGCUAUGAUAAAGAGAAGACGUAAAGUUUAUAUGUUGAUAUAUAAUGUACGUUUAUUUUUUUUAGUCACAUAAAAUUUGUUUUCCACUUUCUUAUCAAGUAUACUUAACUUGGUGUUUGGAUCUACAAUUUCUUACUCCUCCGAAGUAUUCUUUGCAUUCACUCACAGUUGCUUAAACUUACUUCAAGAUGAAAUUCAAAAACUCAAAAAAUCAUUAUCUGAUUACACUGCUGUUGUCGAUUAAAAUAUUGCUUUCUGUUCGAUUGGCGUUAGGAAAAGUUGAGGUGAAAAAUCGACCUCACAUAGUGUUUGUAUUAGCAGAUGAUUUAGGGUACAACGACGUUGGUUAUCACAGAGGUUCGGACAUAAAAACUCCCUGCAUAGAUAAAUUAGCAACCACAGGUACAAGGCUCAAGAAUUAUUACGUGCAACCAAUAUGCACACCCAGUCGGACUCAACUAAUGAGUGGACGUUAUCAAAUACACACCGGAAUGCAGCAUAGUAUCAUAUCACCUAGUAAGCCUUAUGGACUACCUUUGGAUAACAUUUUACUGCCAGAACAACUUAAAUCUUGUGGAUACAAGACACAUAUGAUUGGAAAAUGGCAUCUCGGCUUCUACAGAAACAAGUACUUGCCAUGGAAACGGGGUUUCGACAGUUUCUUUGGAAUCUUAACUGGCGGAGCAACUUAUUAUUCCCACGUCAAGAAAGACAGGGCUUUCGAAGGAUUCGCCAUGUACGAUUCUCGGUUUGGGCCUAUAAUGGAUUAUUUUGGAAUGUACUCAACGGACAUUUACUCUGACAAAGCCAGUAAUAUAAUUACAAGACAUAAUAAAAGCAAACCACUAUUUUUAUAUUUGGCCCAUCAAGCGCCCCAUAGUCCAUUGGAAAACCCACCCGGAUCCUCUAAUCAGUAUGGCCACAUAAGCAAUAAAAAAAGACGAAUAUACGCUCGAAUGGUCUCUUAUAUGGAUAAAUCCAUAUGUACGCUGGAACGGAAUUUGAAAAAGGCAUCUUUGUGGGACAACACAAUAUUUAUAUUCUCUACUGACAACGGAGGCACACCAUUAUUUGGCGGAAACAAUUGGCCACUGAGAGGAAUGAAAAAUACGCUUUGGGAAGGCGGAAUCAAAGCAGUAGGAUUUGUUAAUGGGGGACACAUUAAAAAACUGAAGCCCGUAGUAAAUAGACUCUUUCAUAUAAGCGAUUGGAUGCCCACGUUACUAGAUGCUUCGAAAUGUCCGCUCUUGAGGAAUACCCCGCCUUUAGACGGGAUUAAUCAAUGGAAUCUUUUAUCACAGAAAGGCAUUCCAAAAAGACGGGAGAUUCUUCAUAAUAUUGAUCCACUGACUAAGGAACCAGUAGAAGCGGACAGAAAUACAAUUUUAAACGGAUUCGACGUAAGAAUAAAAGCAGGUAUACGGCACGGGACAUGGAAAUUGAUAACGGGAAAUCCCGGUAUAGGCGAUUGGAUACCGCCUCCUGAAUAUGACUUGAAGGCGAUUCCUUCGUCGACACGAGGCCUCGUUCAACUGUAUAAUAUCAGAAAAGAUCCUUCUGAAAAAAAGAAUUUGGCAUCACGCCACCCGGGUAUUGUGACUUGGCUUCUCAAAAGACUUGCACAAUACAACAGCACAUCAGUUCCAGUUGUGUUUCCAGAUUCCUCGACCUUGUCUAAUCCCAAAUUUCACUGUGGAUUCUGGGCGCCCUGGAUGGGCAAAAAAAUAAAGUUUCCUAAGAAAGUUUGUAGUAUUUCGAAGAUUAAAUGGCAACAAGUUGCGAAAUUUUCUCGUUUAUAACAUCGUGAUUUCAAUUCUUUUUCUGUGUGAUAAGAAACAUUAUUAUACCUUGGCUUAGCAUGUUUUCAUUAAUAUUAGGUAAUUUUUAUAAUAUAGAUUCAUUAGUUUCAUAUCGCCUAUUUUCUUAAAUGUUUUCUGUGCACCACUUGCUUGCACAGACUCAUAUUACCAGCAAGUAUGGAAUCGUUUUUGGUUUAUUUUGAAAAUCUGCCUGUUGUGAGUAUGGAGAAUAUUUCUAAUCAAGUUUUUGGUUGUUGUUGUUUUUCAAGUAUUUGAUUUAUUGAGUCUAUAUUUGCAAAUAUGUGGUUACAACAAGCAGUAAAUGCUUUGACAACUUACAUUCCCAGCUCUUUAUGUCCGGGUCUUCCUAAGACCAGAGCGAGACGACGACUACUCGCAAUACAAGAUCACUUGUGACAUG